AUGAGUGAUUUAGGGAGGCCGGAGCAUACUCCGGUCGACCACCAACCAACAGAACAAGAACAAGACCUCCUCCAACGCAGUUUAAAAAAUGUCAGACAAGAUAACGAAGGUUUCACUGGAACUACUGCGCUCAUCCCUCGGGUAGAAGACUGGAUGCAAGAGGAGCCAGAACAAGCAAGGAAAACAUAUGCAAGCAUGGUCAGGGGCUCAUCCAGAGUAGGCGAAGCUGACCCCCUAGAAGAUGAUCUUUUGGAAGAUGAAGACAAUAGAAUGGUCAGCGAGGAGAAAGAAACCCCAACACCUGCAAAAGACAAGGCAAAUGAGAACCAGAGCAACAUAGAGAAGUCAGAUAUCACAGUGCAAGAUAUGGGGGAGGGACUAUUUAACAUCGUCAUAAGUGAAAAGAUUGAAAGAGAAUUAUGGAAGCCAUGGUGGAGAUCACUGAUUGUUAAACUGCUAGGAAGAAAGAUAAGCUAUGCUGUCAUGAAAAGAAGGCUUGAGAUCAUGUGGGGCAGAUUUGGAGGUAUUGAUGUUAUCGACUUGGGAAACGAUUUCUACCUCGUCAAGUUUUAUGCUCAAGAAGAUCUAGACCACGCUCUUCUUGACGGACCAUGGAAAAUAUAUGAUCACUACCUAGCAGUCAGGCUCUGGGAACCAAACUUCAACCCACUCUUAACUUUUAUAGACAAGAUAACAGCAUGGAUCAGACUUCCUGGCUUGCCCAUAGAACUGUACAAUGAUAAAAUUUUGAAAAAAAUAGGGGAUCUAAUUGGCAAGACAUGCAAAGUUGACUAUAACACUUCCAAUCUAUUCAGGGGUAAGUUUGCUAGAUUAUGUGUGGAAGUUGAUCUAACCAAACCACUCUUGGGAGUAUACAUGAUCAAUGGUAAACUUUAUCAGAUUGAAUACGAAGGAAUACAUCAGUUAUGCUUCCUGUGUGGGAGAAUAGACCAUGAGCAAAAAUAA